AUGCCCAAACACGACGCCAAGGCUCAACGCGACCAUACCGUCACAGCAGACGACGACGAUACCAAGGGCAAGCCGAAGAAGGUGCUACGUGCUUGCGACGCCUGUCAUCACCGUCGUGUCCGAUGCAAUCACAACAACCCCUGCGACAACUGCAUCCGUCUCAACAUCAACUGCACCUGGAUCAAGGCGUCCAAAGGCAAGCAGGCUUCAGGAAGACGCAUCGACCUUCUUCGAAAAGGCCACAAUCCCGCAGCUUCCGAGCUUCCUCCAUCACCGCCCAAUCCGAGGCCAUCCACCGAUCAUGCGUCCAUCACCGCACCCAGUCCAUCAGGUUCGCGCAUCAUCCUGCCGGCUCCCACAAACAUCCAGCCAUCCUCUCACUCGCCACGUCUCUACGCACCCUACGCUAUGAGUCCACCCGGAUUGCCCGCCAGCGCUGCCUCUCCUUCUUCUAUGCUCUCUUCAAACCUCUACUCGCGCGAUGCACCCAACAGGACUUCCUCCGGUGGUAGCAGCUACAACAGGUAUGAUCCUGUGGCUCAGUCGGCCUCAGCCGUGCCACCACCGCAUGCGUCUCCUAGUUCCCACUGGUCUAGCCCCUCGUCCCGUUCGCCGGGCCAUCGAUACCCAUCUCACAGCGCAUAUGCACAGCAGGAUUACCCUCCGCCGCACCCCGCGCCAUCCUCCUCUGGUCACCACCACCACCAUCCACAUCCAUCCUACCCGCAACAUCCGUCGCCGCACCCUUACCCACACCAACAGCAGUACCAACAGCCACCACCUCAUCAUGCUUCUGCGCAACAUACAACACCCCCGCAGCGCCAUCCGUCCAAUGCAGCUCACGGUGUCAACGGUCCCAAUCCAUCCUCCUCCUCCUCCUCCUCUGCAGCUAAUCACGGCUUCCCGCCCUCCGAUCGCUUCUCCGAGCGUCUGAGCGGCUCCUUUUCAGAGAUCGCUCCCGAUAUCGCUGCCGGUCUUCGUCUGCCUGACUUUGGCACAUCGCUCGCCGACUCCUAUCUCAACGCGCAAGCCGGCGCCGAUCGCAGACGCAACGUCUUGCUUGACAUGAAUGCAGCUGCUUUCCCCGACGACGCCUCGGCAAAUCAUUUCAACGGCUUUGGCACCGCCAAUAACGAUCUAGGUAACACGCAUGACCCUCAUGGCAAUGGAGCGAGCCAUGCGAGAACUUUCCUCGACGUCAUCGGUCAAAACAGUCAGAUGCUUGGUGGGCCCAGCUCGACUCCAGGCUCCGUCAGUCAAUCCGAAGCCGAGUUGGUCAGCAACGAGCCUCAUCCGCUCUCUGACUCGGUGCUAAUCCCCAGCAUCGCCAUCUUCUUUGAGCGUCUUCAAUCCAUUAUGCCCGUCUUUACUCGAGCUUGGAUCUUUGGAAAGAUUGACCGUGGAGAGCAUCGCACCGACGCGCAACUCGGUUCCAUGCUCAUCGCACUCUCCGCUUUUGCUCUCUGCCAGCCUGUCGACUCGGCCGAUCCGGUGGACAGCUCGUCGCGCAAGCGCAGAGUGCGUCGACUGCUGGAGGAGUCGGUCAGGAUGCGCAGCAGUGCUCUGCUAGGCAGUCACCCGUCUCUAGAAGCCAUCAUGGCCUCGUUUUUCAUCUUUGGCACCCUCUUUGGUCUCGGCGAGGAGAACGCGGCGUGGUUCAGGUUGCGCGAAGCAGUGACACUCGGCUACCUGCUUCGCAUCCACGAGACCUCCUCGUACGAGCAUCUCGAAAAGGACGAACAGGAACGCAGGCUACGCGCCUACCUUUUACUUGCCAUCACUGAACGUGCUUACGCCAUCCAGUCCGGUUCCUCUAUCACCUUCAGAGGCAAUCCACGCAAGGCGACCGACUCAAUCCGACGCAAAUUCGACGUCUACCAGUUGCAAGACUUUCCCAACCUGCAAAGUCGACUGUUCGACGUCGUGGACGAAAAGUUUGUCGACUGCUGGAAUCGCAAGUGUCCAGGUCCGGGUUGCGACUAUCUGGAUGCCAACAGGGCGGUUCAGCUGCACCGCGCCAUCAAGGAAAGCGACGAAGACGAGCAAAAGGAGAAAGAAUCUUUCCAUCGCGAUCGUUCCAGUGGACCUUCGCGUCGAGAGAGCACAUACGAUGGUCGGAGGCAUCACCCUUACGGCGGUCAUGGUGUCAAGGCGGAAGAUUCGACGGGUAACGGUGGUCAUGCCAGCAAGUCGGAUUGGGACAAGAGCAAGGUUCAGAAAGCAGAUGUUGAGGUGACGCGACAGUGGCUGCUGAAUAGGUUGUGGAUGACGUGUCGCUCUCAUGCGCUUCUGACGGCUGAUGCCGAGGAGGAGCCGUUAAGGAUCGACUAUGCUAUCGACAUUGCACGUGAGACGUUGCGCGUAUGCAACUCGCUCUCGCUGCGAUCCAUGGAAGCGCACGGAAUCGGUCUCACACGUAAACUCAACGAUAUCGCACAGACCUUGGUAAUCGUUUGUCGCGACUAUCCCACGAUCGCCAUGUCGGUACCGUUCGAAGGCGACCCUAUCAAAACCGACCCGACGCUCUUUGGACCAUACUUUGGACCUUCGCCACCCGACGCCUCGGCACCAAGUUCUGGCAGCCACCACCACCGCUCGCCCUCCAACAUUGACUCUUGCAACGAUCACCCCUCAGCUACGUCGAGCAACCUGGUUCCGCUCGACAAAGCCUUCUCGCCUUCGUACGCCAUCGAAGCCAUCCUGCACAAAUACCUCGACAUUUUCAAACGCUUCAGAGCCGGCGAUCAUCCCUACCUGCCCCUCUUGGUCGAGGCGGUCAAGGAGUUGCCCAAGAUGGCAGAGUUGAGCUUCGAUCGCUUCUUGAGAGAGAUGGGCUUGUUUUGA